AUGGUGCUUGUUUCCACAUCUGAUGCUCUUAUUGAAGUUGCAGACUCAAUCCUAGACCAGUUGACUGACUUGGAAAAACUUGAAUACAACAAAAAAGGUAGAAAGUAUAGAUUCGUCAACAACAACUUUCAAAGAAUACGCGAGGAAGAUAAGCAUUUAAUUAUAAACCCCGAAAGACUUGAUGACUACCUGUCUGUUGUCUCCGCUUACUAUAUUUUAAGGAGCAUCGGAGGAGAAUUAUUCGAGAAAUAUUCAGAUUUUUGUCUUUCGGUGAUUGGCGUUGCUCGUGAGCUAGAAGUUAACGGUUGGUACGAAGAAGGCUCUUCUGUAACCACGGCUGCAUACGCGAAGUAUAAUCCAAUCGAAGUGAAAGAAGAAGCGAUGGACUUUUUCACCAAGGUAACAGACACUCACAUCACGCAGGGCCUUAACUUGUUAGUAAUUUCCAAGUUAAACUUCUUGCACACUGAUCACCACAUAGGAACCAAAUUGGAAGGGUAUUACAUGUCUCAAUUUAUUAGUGACUACUACGGAGAAGACUCGUUAUUGUGCCAUGAUAUCUUAGUAGCGUUGAAAAGUUUUGUACAUUGGGGAAACAUCAAGGGAAUUUUAUAUAAAUUAGAAGUGCCCAAUAUCAAUACUGAUGAGGCAUUGAUCAAGAGUUUUGAAAAAUUCCCGGAUCCGUUGGAAGACUUCAAAGUCCAUGUGUACAAUAGAUAUCCGCUGGGAACUUCCAAGUAUAGUUUACUUAGGAAGUCCAUUGAUGUUUUAGCAGACUCAAAUUUUUCCAAGCUAGUUCCGUACCCUCCCGUCUCUACAGCUAAUACCUCGUCAUUGACUCCACCUACGUCUCCCUCGGAGAAUUAUACCAAACUCGACGAGUCAUUUUUCGAUUUGGAGUGGCUCUAUCAAUUGUGCCAUGAUAUUGAGAAGAACCCUAUAAAAUACCACUUGAGAUCAGGAGUCAAGAGUCUUUCAGCAGAGGAUCCUGUGAACUUGUCAGAAUUAUCGAAUACCUAUAGCACUCACAUUGAUACGAUUCUUGCAUUUAUUUCCUUAUACAUGAACAUCUUUGAAGACACUGGUGGUAAUUUUUUGUUACAGCACUCUAAGAUUCCAAAAUUCAACGACAAGUUGAUUGAAAAAUACCGCUCGAUGUACGACUCCUUAGAGGAGGUCAGCGAAAAGGUAAAAAGCUAUAAGGAGAAGAAUUGGGAUGACGAGGAUAUUGUUCUGAGAUUGGAAGGCGAAGUAAACACUCCUUCAUUGUAUGAUUCGGUCAUGCGUAUGAGAGAAUUGUUCAAAGACGAUUAUGAAUAA